ACCAUCACCAUCUCCUAGCCUUGCAGCCACCUGGAGGGUCGCAGCCUGGCUUCGAUCAAGUGCGCUGAUUUCACCAGAAGGAGAGGCUUGUUCACACCGCACACGGCCCUGCUUCGGCUCUCGGAGCGGAUCAGGCUAGCGCAGAAGCGCAUCACGAGACCAGCAUCCAACCUCUUCCAAGCGAGACGACAGGAAACGCUCUGUGCAGGGGUCCCCCCAUCAUUUCGGCUCGCGACUCAAGUCUCCCAGCUGGCUGAAUAUGCCUUGCAGCAGGCGACAACAGACUCACGCCUGGCGUCCAGCUGGAUCGGGCAUGAAUUCCCGCUUCGGUGAAGCCACUUUCAGGUCCUUGCUAUCUCCUGGUUGGUGGAUAGCGUUCGCGCAAAGGCUAAUUCAGUCGUCGAUAGAAUGGUGGACAGCUGCGACUCUCAGAGCGCGGUUGGCAGUACUUGCAUUGGGUGCCAUGUAUGGAGGGCUGGCGUUGACGGCAUUGAUUCUAGGACCAGAGAAGAUUGCCUCGUUGCUGGGCGGCCUUGCAAGUCAGAUCUCUGCGUCGAGCCAGGGAAAGCUCUAUCUCCUGAGCGCUCUCGUCAUACUCUCAAUACCUCCUCUUCCGGGAUACGGUAGUGCCGUCACGCUUUGCGGGCUGGCAUACGGCUCCGCGUCCAUAGAGCCCAAGGGAACACACGGCCUUUUUGAGGCUUGGACUUUGGCCGCUGUUGGAUGUCUGCUGGGGGCGAGCAUUGCUUUCGCUCUGCUCAGAUUCAUCGUCAAGGGUCCUGGAAAGAGUUGGAAAGUCAUUACGAAUGUCACGGAUGAUCGGAGGUGGAAUGCCGUUCAGCUCGCUAUCCGGGACAAGGGUCUAGCCAUGGUGGUGCUCAUACGCUUCAGCCCCUUCCCCUUCUGUUACUCGAACCUCUUCUUUGCAUCCAUGGAGUCUGUCAGCUUCUUUCAUUUCCUCGUAGCUACAGCGAUGAUCACUCCAAAGCUGCUGCUGCACUGCUUUGUAGGGGCGAGGACAAGAGAGCUUUUGGACAGCGGCGCCCGGCAAGAGUUGGACUGGCAUGCACGUAUGCUCAACAUAGCAUACAUCCUCGGAGGCAGUGCCAUCGGAGCUGCCACUGGAUGGUUUGUCUGGCGCGAGACACAAGCAAUACUGUCCACAUAUGAUGCAGAGGAGGGCCUAGAGGGAUCUUUGGAAGCAGACAGCUCGCCAAUGCUCGGCUCUCGACAAGGAAGUGUGAGGCGCGCUCGCCCAGACAGGGGGCGAGCCGAUGGGGCGAGCUCACAGCCCGCACAGUCGAGCGGAGCGUCAAGACCAGAGUACGUUGAUGAGAGGCGCACCACACCCGGUAGAGGCGAAAGGGAAGCGGAUAGCCUACUACUCAACAAAGAGCCGGAUGUUGAUGAUUCUGCCACUUCUUCUUUUCCCUCGCCUGAUCCCGAUCAUUUCGACACGACGGACUCGUUCAACCCCUCACUCCAUUCACAACCCUUCGAUACAUCUGCGAAUGCACGCGAUUCUUCCUCUUCGUCUCGCCCUGCUUCAAAUUCUACACCAGCGCCGGACUCAGUAAAGGCGCCAAAAUCGAUUGAAGAACAGGGUGGCAAAGUCGAGAAUGCAGGUCAAGGACAGGAGCCCUUCGAUUGGGGAUGGGAGGAGAAUAGCCCUGUCACUCCAAAGGCUCCUCUUCAACCUUGACAGGGGUAGUUGUUUAGCUUUUGCACCACCUUUGCGGACGAUCAAAGGACCAUAUCGAAUUCGACCCCAGCAACGCGCGUCUCCAGCCUAUCGUAUAGUACCUUUGGCUCCUUCUCUACAUAUCUCAGCAGAACCUUUAAGUCACCGGCCACGAACCUAGAUCAGUGCCAUGCGUGGUGCUCCUGUGCGCCGAAUUGAGUCGGAAAGUGACCGCUGCUUCCUA